GGUGGAAGUGGUCCGAUAAGAUCAAGAUGCACGUGUUGAAACCGUUGAUCUGGUACAUCAAUCUUGAGAGAAGGCCAAAUAAACUUCUGCAGAAUAGAUUUACAAGUGGACUUGAUACCUGGAUGAGACAAACGAUGAACAAUAUCGAAAAUUCGUCUUCGAAGUCGAUAAGGGACAUAAGGACGAAUACAUUCAGUAGAACAAUCGCAGAAAAUAGGAGCAGUAGAAUCCCAAGUUCCUCCAAUGAAACUAUAACUGGUAUUGUAAUAGAAUCAAUUCUUGAUAAUGCAUCUGCCACGGAAUUCUGUUUACCUGAAAUAUGUUCAAUAUCAGUGGAAAAUUGAGCAAUAAAAUCAAGUUGACGAAUCUGUCGUGGUGAAGCUUUAUCUGGCUUCUGUUGAAAGGCAUAAAUCAAUGGUUUAUGAUCCGUUCUGAUAAUGAAUCUGCGUCCAUCAAAGAAGCACCGACCGCGAAAUCUGAAGCAUCACAAGUUAAAACCAGAG